AUGACUGCUCUUUCUUCCUCCACUCAUGCUUUGCGGUCAGUGACUUUGCUAGUCACGAGCGUAUCGAGACAUACAACUCAGACCCUCAGGCCAUUGAAAAGCCAGUACCUACGCCAACAUCGGUACACCUCUGUCAUUACCGAUGCGAAGGCGAGCUCCUUUGACCGUGUCACGGAUGUUUUAGUCGUGGGAUCCGGGGCCGCGGCUCUGACGGCUGCCGCCAGGAGCCGCUCUCUUCAGAUGGACACACUUGUUGCAGAGAAGACGGACAAGAUUGGAGGAACGACGGCCUACUCUGGCGGUGGUGUAUGGGUUCCUUGCAAUCAUCUCCAAGCUCAAAAUGGAAUUUCCGAUUCGCCUCGAGAUGCAGCGACCUAUAUCAACUCAAUCGUCAGAGAAGGAGCGCCAGCCAGCACACCAGCACGAAGAGCCGCGUACCUCGAGUUCAGCCCCGAGAUGGCCAAGUUCCUCGACGAUCAAGGUUUCAAAUGGAAUCUAGACCUGCCAUACCCCGACUACCAUGCCCUAGAGCCUGGGGCAAGCGUUACAAGCAGAAGCAUAUCACCAGCUCCAUUCGACCUAAGAACUCUGAGUAAUAAAUGGCAGAGCCACUUGCGCACACCCACCGACUGGCAGCCCGUCAUGACCUCGGUGGAGGCGCGAUCUCUGUUUCGGUUUGGAGCCUCUAUUGGAGACUUCCUCAAGGCUGUUCAGUUGGUGGCUCUAAGGCCACUAUGGGCAAUAAUGCGCGGCAAGAAACUCGUCGCCGCCGGAGUUGGGUUGAUUGCUCAACUCUUGCACAUCAAUCUGUGCCUCGGCACGCAGUUUUGGACCGAUGCUGGAUUGGAUCGGCUCCUCACGACUCCUGCUGGCGAUGUGGUAGGUGCCCUCAUCGAACGUGAUGGGAAACUUCUCAGGGUCCAGGCCAAGAGGGGAGUGAUCCUUGCUGCUGGUGGAUUCUCUAGAAACCCAGAGAUGCGAGAGCGAUUCCUGCAGCAGCCCACACAGGCUGAAUGGAGUCUGACAGCGCCAGAAGACAAAGGAGACGCCAUCAGGGCUGCAAUGGAUGUUGGGGCAGACAUGGCCCUCAUGAAGCACGCUUGGUGGAUGCCAUGCCUCAUGGAUAACGGCAAGCCCAUGUUGGACGUCUAUGCCCGCUCAUUUCCUCACUCCAUCAUUGUCGACCAGUCCGGGCGGCGUUAUUUUAAUGAGUCUGAGUGUUAUUGCGACGCUGGCAACAACAUGCUUGCAAGAAAUGGGGAAACGCCGUCCAUUCAUUCCUGGGAAAUUCUUGACUCCCGUCACAGAAGAAGGUAUAUGCUGGGCCGUCUGCUUCCAGGUUUCACGCCCAGGAAAUGCAUCACGUCGGGAUUCUUAUACAAGGAUUCAAGUCUCAGUGGUCUAGCCAAACAGAUCGGCGUCGACGAGCACCAGCUGCAGGAAACAGUCGAGCGGUUUAACAAGUUUGCUCUAGAUGGCGUCGACCAAGAUUUCCAGCGCGGCCUUAACCCCUACAACAAAAUGUUUAGUGACCCAAGCCAUGGACCAAAUCCCAACUUGGGUACCAUGGAGAAGGGGCCCUUCUAUGCAGUCAAGAUAUACCCCGGCGACAUUGGCACCAAAGGCGGCCUGGUAACUGAUGAGCGCGCCAGGGUUCUGAACAAGCAAGGCCAGCUUAUCAAGGGCCUGUACGCGACGGGUAAUACCACGGCAAGUGUGUUUGGGUCUAGAUAUCCUGGAUCUGGAGGUACCCUUGGGCCUGGAAUGACCUUUGGGUAUGUUGCUGCUACAGAUAUGGCUGGUCAAUGA